AUGGCGUCGUGGAGGGGAAACAUAUCGAAAUGUAUGAAAGAGCUCAGGAUUCUUUUCUGUCAAUCUUCUCCAGCUAGCGCUCCCGCCAGAACGUUCGUAGAGAAGAAUUACAAAGAUUUGAAGUCUCUAAACCCUAAAUUUCCCAUCCUGAUCCGCGAAUGCAGUGGGAUCCAGCCUCAAAUGUGGGCUAGAUAUGAUAUGGGUGUGGAGAGGUGUGUAAACUUGGAUGGUAUGAGCGAGCCACAGAUUCUGAAGGCCCUUGAAGACCUUGCGAAAGCCGGAGGAGCUACAAAGGCCUAA